GUAGGUUAUGUGCAUCCCAGGCCAGGCAGGGCGGCUCGAGGUCUCUUCCGGUUCCACUGAUAAAAUCGUGACCCGCGCGCAAAGGAACGCGGGACGAUGUGAGGGCGAAUCGACGGCGAAUCGUCCCGGACUCGCGAGAUGGACCGCCGAUGCCGCGCCCGGUAACCGCCCGGUAAACCGUCCGUCUUCCGGCUCCCGGGAAGGAGGAGAGGUUAAGCUGAGCUCUCCCUCCGUCCGAGCCGACCGAAAAUGGCUGUGGAGUUUCUAAUGAAUCGGCUCAAGGCCCUGCUCGUGCUGCUCUUCGGGAUGUUCAAGCGCGCGAUGUGCUGCCUCCGCCGUCGAAGACGAUCGUCCUGCGACUCCGUGCCCCUGUCCACCGUCGGCGUGGUGCCGAACGUCCUGACUAGCUCGACGGAAUUGGAGCAGUGGGACAAGUGGGAGGAAAGUCCAGUCGUCGUUAUACCGGACAAACCGGUUAACACGGUACAAGCAGCGAUAGAGCAGUAUCGACAGCAAGUGAGCAAGCCUCCCGAAUCGCCCACUGAAGAACAGCUUAACUUUUUUGAGGAUAUGACUCCAAGAAUCACUAGGCAGACAAAGAUUCUAAUAAAGGAUAAACAUGGGGACGGUUCGUCUCACAACGCUGCAAAUUUCACGGCCAUGGAUCCUGCUCCAACCAAUGAAUUGGACGAAUGGGAGGAGAACGCCGCCGGUUGGGAGGUGGACGCCAUGGACGACUUCAAUGACUCCUUCAAAGUGCUGCGAGAGCAGAGGAGGCGAGAGCGGGAGCAGCGAUUGAUAGAACAGCAGCAGAAAAGACUGGAACGUACCGCGAAGCCGCAACUCUUGGGUGCAAAACUGUGUUCCUGAUGCGAGACCACGAAUACAUGGGGAUUAAUAUCAAAAUACACAAUAAUGUACAAUUUAAUGGGACAACACAUGCCGGAUAUUUUUAAUAUAGAAAUUGGCAUGUUCAUAUUAACUCUCUAUUACUCGAUGUCGCGUGUCAAUUUUAUUUUCUCUUUUUUUUAUUAAUUGCUCGUUGCUAGUUUAAAAAUGUGACGCGAAAUUUCAUCUCUGAAUCUGACAUCUUAAAAUACAGAUCUUUUUGCUAUUUUAUCCUGUGCUUUGGUAUAUUAUUGUUAUAUUAAUGUAUUAAGCAUUUUCAAUCUUCCAAAAGGGCACUAGAGGGUUAAUCGUGACAGAAAAUGCAACACAUUUACUUGAGACAGAGUGAUGACGUUGCAUUAGUGUAUUAUGUUAAGUGUAUUAUACUUUUGUUAUCUUUUAGAAGAUUAACUUGUUUUGUUAUGCCGUCUAAUCCGGGCGUUGUAAAUGUAUUCGCGGACAUUUCUCAGUAUUUCAGAUAUUCACACGGUUUCUCUUAAUACUUCGUAAAUGUAAACGCAAGAAUAACGUGUAAACAGCGUCGAUUUGAUUAUCCCUCCUAAAAAUAGUAGUAUUUGUAAACAUUCCAUAUGAAUUUUGUACAAUAUAUAUCUCGAGUGCGAUGCGUCUGAACCUCUGCGUGAACGGAAAAUAAUCGUUUUGUAAGUUUAUAAUAAGUCGAUGAUAUAGUAACCAGGCGAAAUCUGUUGGAUUGCAAUCACAAGUAUUUUUGUUACGAAUCUAAUCUUCACGGAUUUUACUAGAAGUUGAAAAUUUCUGAAGGUUGGAAAACGAGAGAGGCGUUUUUUUUGCGAUGUUCAACUUGUUAUAUUUUUGUUCUUUUUGUUAUUCACGCACGAGUGCUGAGAAAACUGCAUGAAUCAUGGAUAUUUUAAAGUGUUUCGUAAUAAAAAAAAAUUCGUUCACAUUUA